GAAUUGUAUACUCCACAUGAUAUCUAUAAAUGCACUCAAAUUAAAGAACUUAAACACCGGAUAUUCUUCGUCGCGGAUUUUCGAUGUUUGAAAUAACUCUCUCUCUCUUCAAUUCGAUACUCCAACGCCUCACCCUGCGGUGGCCGCUCCUGCUGUACGCCGCGACGUGGACGGCGAUCCUGACAAUCACCGUCGCCGUGGCGUCUUUCUCGCCGGAGUUUGCGUUCGUGUCUGCGAUCUCUCCGACUUCGGCCUUCUCUCGGCCGUGCCCGGCGGAGGGAUCCGUCAGGGUUCCGCUCGAUGUUCCGACGGAGGUUAUGUGUUUUCCGGCUCACAUGUUCCAGCGGUCUAAGCUGGACACGGUGGUGCCUCCGGUUUUCGCGGCGGUUGUUGUCGCCGGCUCGUUUUACGUGGUCCGAGCCCUUGGGUUGUGGGAGGUGGACGACGAGGCCUAAGAUUCCUUUCGGACCAAAUUUAAAUCAAUUGCGAACAGUUUAUUAGUUGAGAACAAAAUGACACGAGAAAUGUUACGAACAUAGACACCGAUCACAGAUGGUUUUGAAACCGUCAAAUGUUAUGAGUUUCUCGUGCAUAGUCACCAAUUACAGAUAGCGGUGAGUGACUAUGCACGUAGCGCUGCUGAGAAGACACGAGAGAAUAUAUGGAGUCUUUUAUUUCAUCCCA